UGCCGCGUGCCGCGUGUUGUCAGGGGGUCAGUGUCUGUCUCAGACGGAGGGGUCACUUCGGUCGUGUCGUCUCUCGGGCGUCAACGGGCACGAGCAAGACCCACCUUGACGACACCGUCACACAGGUGAGCAGGAUGGAAGCUAUUAUUGUGCUUUGCAAGGCACUGAUGUAUGCCGCGUGUUUUCUGGUAAUCAUCACGCGAGCGUUCGUCAAUGCAGCAUUGUUCACCAUCAGGGAUUCGUUUGAAUUGAACGACGACGCGGAGCCGGGAGAUGAACGAGUUUGCAGAAAGAGAGAAAAUAUCGAAAGCUGGUCGGUGUCCAUGCCCGGUGCUGGGUUCCUGCUGCCCUACCAACUCGGAAUCUGCAUGGCUCUGCACGCGCACGGCGUGCCCAUCGCUCACGCGGCCGGCUCCUCCAGCGGCUCACUGGCAGCAGCCCUGCUCACCCUGGCUCCUCACAGGAGCAAGGAAAUGUCAUCGAUGGUGAGUUCGUACGCAGCGCAAGGACACGGAGCGACCCUGAGUUUCAGACUCAUUCCCAAGCUGAGAGAGAUUCUGGAGCAGAUUCUACCACUGGACUCUCACACCCUGGCCACCGGGCGUCUCUUUGUAUCGGUGACUCGACUUCCUGAUGGACAGAACCGCAUCAUAUCGGACUUCGACACGAGAGAGGAGCUCAUACAGGUUCUGCUGGCAAGCUGCCUCUUUCCGUUUUAUUCGGGAAUCUCUGGGAUAUGCUAUAGAGGAGAGAUGUACUGCGACGGAGGGUUCACCGACAAUCAACCCUUCCCCAAGUUGGCCCAGCCCUGCGGAGUCUCCGCCUCGCAAGGCCUCAUCAGCGUGUCGCCUUUUGAGGGCACGCAGGCCAUCUGUCCGCGCGGCAUCUGCCCGACGGACGGGCGCAUCCUGCGGUAUGCCGGCCUCGAUUUCAAGAUGGGAAUGGCCAACCUGCAGCGCCUUUGGCACGCGCUCUUUCCGCCGUCGCGCGAGAAACUGGAGCUCUACUUCGAGGAUGGCUAUAGAGAUGCGAUGGAUUUUCUUGAGCAGAUCAAGGCUCACUGACACAACGGCUUCACAGUGUUUGUGUGCAACGAUAAAAUAAAUGUCCGCAAACCUG